AUGAGUAAAUAUCCAGUGGAGAUGGAGUCAUCAAAGGGGAAAGGUAAAUGGAAGAAGAGGGAGGAGGAGAGGAGUAGCAAGGGCGGUGCAGGUGCAGGUGCAGGGUCCUCAACAUCACCAGCUCCCGUCUUCCCUUUUGCCCUCAACACCACCACCAAUACCUCAUUCCUCACAUCCCCUCAGCAGCAACAGCAGCAGCAGCAGAUGAUAUCGUUUGCUCCUCCCCAGCCACAGCACACGACGACCGCAUUCCCCCCUUACUUCACGGGAUGGGCCUUGCCGCCUCAAUCUCUGUACUUGAGCAACAAUGCCCUGAACCUGAGCCCUCGGGGCCACACGCACACGACAACAAUGAUGAUGAUGCCUCGGCCCCCUACGAAGCUGUACAGAGGGGUGAGGCAGAGGCACUGGGGCAAGUGGGUCGCGGAGAUCCGUCUCCCCAAGAACCGAACCCGACUCUGGCUCGGCACCUUCGACACCGCAGAGGACGCGGCCCUCGCCUACGACCGAGAGGCCUUCAAACUCAGGGGACACAACGCGCGCCUCAACUUCCCGGACCUCUUCGCCGGUGCUGCUCAGCCGGAGUCGGAACCGGAAACUCCGAGUUCGGAAAUCGGGCCCUCGGGAGGAGGAGGAGGAGAAGGUGACGAGAGUUCUUCGGUGGCGGCGCCCCCAUCUUCCGAGUUGGUUUGGGGAGAUAUGGGAGAGGCGUGGACGGAAGCCGGGUGGGGACCGGGAAGCCCCUUUUGGGAUAACUUCGACCCCACCAAUGCUCUGAUGCUACCGCCCAAUCUGCCUCCUUUCGCCCCAACUAGUAGUAACCAACAUGAUUCCGAUGAUUCACACAAACCACAUCAUUGA